CAGGCCAUUAAUGCUAUUCGAAAAGUAUUGUACUUUGAGGAAGUAAACAAUGGAAGAAAACGAAAGAUUCGAAGAAGAAGAAGAAGAAGAGAUAUGGAGUUGGGGAGCAGGCACAGAGGGUCAGCUGGGAACGGGGAUACUCUCCGACGAGCACUGCCCUCAGCUCCUCCGUUCUCUCUCCUCCUUCGCUCCUAUCUCUCUCCUCGCCUGCGGCGGCGCUCAUGUCCUCGCCCUUACCUCAGGUGGAAGAGUGGUGACAUGGGGUCGGGGUACUUCUGGGCAAUUAGGCCACGGGGAAGCUGUUAACAAUUUGCAGCCUAAGGCUAUAGAGGCUUUGGGAGGCUUUGUUAUAACACACGUUUCUGCUGGUUGGAAUCACUCCGGUUUUGUUUCAGAUAACGGUCACCUUUUCACUUGCGGUGAUGGUGCAUUUGGACAGCUUGGUCUUGGGGAUUAUUUAUCGCGAUCUUCUCCCGUAGAAGUAUCAUAUUUGAGCGCUAAACAUGUCAAGCAAAUCGCUUGUGGCAUGCGCCAUUCACUUGCUUUGAUCAAAGGUGAUUUGGGAGAUCGAGUUUUUGGAUUUGGGUCUGGAAAGCGUGGCCAACUGGGUAUAUCUGAUGAUAAAGUAAAAUCGGUAGCCAUUCCUCAAGCCACUUUGGGCUUGGAAAACCUUAAAAUCGACGCCAUUAUUGCAAACGGAGACCAUAGUGCAGCAAUUUGUGCUGAUGGACAUUUGUACACGUGGGGAAGAAGCUUUGGGAGUGACUCGGAUAUGUAUACGCCCAGGUGUGUCACAAUGAGGUCAUCGUUCAGCAGUGCUGCUCUAGGAUGGAAUCAUGCUCUAGCAUUAACAGGUGACGGGGAAGUGUUCAUGAUAGGUGGCUACAACUAUGGUGUUUCUAGUGGUCGGAAAAACCAGUUGAUUAAGCAAACAUCUGAAGAUGCAGGAAAUGGAGAGAUUGUGAAAAAGAUUGAUGCUCUUGAUGGGAUAAAGGUUCUUCAAAUUUCAGCUGGAGCUGAACACUCGGCCUUGGUAACAGACGAUGGAUUGGUAAUGACAUGGGGAUGGGGUGAGCACGGUCAACUUGGCUUUGGAGAUACAAAUGAUCAAACCAGUCCCCGAGUUGUGAGUUUGAGUCACGAGCAUGCUAAGAAGCCAUCUAUCGCUAAAGUUUACUGUGGCAGCGGCUUCACCUUUGUUGUGAAGAAGCAUGCUGGGUAAAUUAUCAGAAUUAAAUUACUGCAUAGUUACUGGAUUCUUAAGCUUUUAGACCACUGUGCAUACAAUCUUGGGUUCUUGGUGAGGUGCCUUUUAGUGUAUUCUGUUUUUUACUUUUAUACAUCAGAAGCAGUAUUGUUUUGCCUCAUAAGUUCUUGUACUAGUUGUAGUGUUUGUAUACCAAAAUGGUUCCAUUUUGGUGUUGUAAAUUGAUGGUGAAUGCCAUGAUAAAUUGAUGAGUUCCAUUAAAGUAGA